GUGUCCCCUCCACAUGCGGCCUCUCCACCACCGUGGGAACCUUCCCGGUUCUCCACUCGUAGAAGGUGGCGUUCCCUCUCUUCCGUGCAAAGGUCAACAGAGGAAGAACCGGCUCCGACCUGCCCACAGGGAGUUCAAGCCUCAUUGUCAUGGCGCAACCAUGUUGCCAUUACGAGUUGGCCCAAUGUUGCACGGAUGAAUCAGGAAAAGCAACUUCUAAAUCUGGAUUUAGAGGAAUAUUAAGCUGAAAGUUGCGAAACAGGAGGAAGAAAAGUCAAACACUUUAUUUUUUGGAAAGCCUUCAGGAAUCUCGACGUGGACCGAAGGAAGGUCUCACUGAGUCACCGUCACCCAUGCCUGCACUCAGCUGGGAGGGACCAAGGCGUGUGUGUGUGUCAGGUGGCUGCAGGCUAACAAGGUAAGUCUGUGGUACAAGACAAGCGGACAAGAGAGAUGCUGCUCACCUGACAGGAAGACCACAAAAGAAGGAGGAAAGAAAAUUGAAGCAUGGCAGCACACGUCUGACCAUCUUCUUCAGCCAGCAAGGUCUCUCAUCCGUCCCGCCGCCAUCAUGUCUGACCCCAGCUGGUGGAAGCUCAGCUUCUCCCGCAAGAAGAAGUCCGAGUCUAAGGUCCUGUACGAGAUCCCGGCGGAGUGCGGCAGCAACACCAAAGACCCCCAGGGGGGCGGCGGGCCCACUCCGGAGGCCACCGAGUUCAGCGCCCGGUUGGAGAAAAUCGUGGAUAAGUCGGCCACUAAGGGGCGCCAUGUCAAGGUUUCCCACUCAGGACGCUUCAAGGAGAAGAAGAAAAUCCGGCCCACGCUGGCCGAGAACCCCGACUUGUUUGGCGAGCAGAAUUUGGCUGAGUAGAACUACAAGAAGAAAAAUGACAAGUAGCUGAAAGACUCUGGACCAACUUGUGCCGGGCCAACAGAACCAAAUGAAUUUAUUUUAGUAUCCUAAUGUUUUAAUCUCGUGCUCCACAAUCAAUACACAAGUGGAGGAACCAAAGCAGAGAAACAUCUACAAUUGUUGUACAUAUCAGACAAGAUGGUGUCUUUUUGUUACAUUCAACAAAGACAUGUAAACGCUU